CAUAUGGUUGAAGGUGAGAGUUUUUUGGAGGAAGCUCGAGACUUGACGACCAAAUGCCUAGAGGAAUACAUAAUGAUGACGAAGAAUUCCAAGGAACACCAAAAUGAUGACAUUAAUUUGUCUCGUCUUCUAGUGAGCCAUGCAUUGGAGGUACCACUACAUUGGAGAACACCAAGGUUGGAGAGUAGGUGGUUCAUCGAUAUGUACGAGAGGAGACAAGACAUGAACCCUUCUUUGCUUGAACUUGCUAAACUAGAUUUCAACAUUGUCCAAUCUACGCACCAAGAAGAUCUGAAACACGCCUCCAGGUGGUGGAGAAAGACGGGCCUAGGAAAGUUUGAGUUUGCAAGAGAUAGGUUGAUGGAGAAUCUCCUAUUUACUGUGGGAUUUGCAUUUGAGCCUCAAUUUAGCAGCUACAGAAGAUUAGGCACCAAAGUAAAUGCCUUCAUAACACUAAUCGACGACAUAUAUGAUGUUUAUGGUACACUUGAUGAAUUAGAGCUCUUUACAGAUGCGGUUGAGAGAUGGGAUACAAGCGCUAUGGAUCAACUGCCGGAUUACAUGAGGAUGUGUUUUCUUGCCUUCCACAAUUUCGUAAAUGAUACGGCAUUAGAUUUUCUCAAGGAACAUGACAUCCACUAUAUUAAAUACCUUAAGAAAGCAUGGGCAGAUCUUUGUAAAUCUUAUUUAGUCGAAGCAAAAUGGUAUUAUAGUGGAUACACACCAACAUUCCAAGAGUACAUUGAUAAUGCAUGGAUUUCAAUGUCAGUACCAGUAAUACUGGUCAAUGUCUACGUUUUUGCUGAAAAUCCUACAACAAAAGAGGCAUUGACUUGCUUGGAAGAGUAUCCGAGUAUAAUCCGUCAUUCAGGAAUCCUUUUUCGACUUUUAGAUGAUCUCGGAACAUCGUCGGAUGAAAUUAAAAGGGGUGACGUUCCUAAAUCAAUUCAAUGCUAUAUGCACGAAGCUGGUGUUUCAGAAGAGAAAGCUCGUCAACAUAUAAAGUUACUGAUUCGUGAAACGUGGAAGAAAAUAAAUGAAGAUAGAGUUACCGACUCCCCUUUCUCAAAAACAUUCACUGAAAUUGCGACGAACAUUGUUAGGAUGGCACAAAGCAUGUACCUAUAUGGAGAUGGAUAUGCUAUUCAAGAUCGUGAAACAAAGGAGCUUGUCAUGUCAUUACUUGUUGAUCCCAUUCCUCUCAAGUCUUAUCCAUGAAAAGCUACGAUGAUCACCAUUAUAGUGUCUCAUUCAUGUCUGUUAUGUUGCCUCAGCACAAUUAAUUUUUUUCUUUUUAUUUUUCAUUUUUCUUGUGUGAUAAAUUGUGGGGUGUACCUAGAACAAAUCCUCUUUCCUAUAAGUUAU